AUGGGAAAACGGAAACAUGAAGAUAGUCCCGAGAUUAUUGAGGACAGUUUCUUGAAAAAAGUGAGGUUUGAUGAGACACUCGCUUCUAAUGGCUAUAUACCUCAAGUUAAUGGAUAUCACGGAGUCCAGGCGAGAGUCUUGGAAGGAAUUGACGUUUGGCUAGUUAGGAAACCCAAAUCGGCAAGUUUUUUUUUCUGUUUCAAUUGUUUUAUAUUUAGGGAAAGUUUUGAAGGCCAGUAUAUAAGAGGUUCUCUUGCUGUUGUUUAUGUCAUACUACAUAUAUUUUGAUAAAUUAGGUAUAUUGAGGUGUUUAUUUGAUUCAAGGCUUUUAAUACUUACAAAAGAAUGAAUAAGGGCUUUUCAACACUUUAAGUUUAUGUUUUAGCUAAGCAUUGACGAACUGAAGGACAUUUCCUUGCCAAAGAAAAUAAAGCCAACAAAUUGUGAUAAACAGGUGGACACCAGUCUUGGAUUGCUUGAUUGUGAAUUGGAAAAGCCAAGUAAAUCAAUGUUCUAUUUUGAAACGCCUAAAGAAAGAGGGGAUAAGAAUCCAAAGGUGCCGUUGCGUAAGUUUUAUUGUUGUUGAAUUAUUUUGUAUUAUCAUAGAUGCUUUCUGGAUCAAACCUAACUUGUUUCGAUGUUGUAAAUAUAUUAUUUAGAUUGUAAUUUCUUAAUAUUUUUGUUUCAGAAAAGAAAAUCAAAGGAAUUGCAUGGGUAAAAAUGCCAGUAGAAGUAGAAGACCCGUUUCCACAGGCGAGAGAAGAAGACUUUGAGUUAAUGGACAUUAAAGUAGAGGAUGAAGACAUAAUGGACAUACCAUUCAAAGUCAAAUCGAUAAGAAAGAAGCCGGAUUGCUCGUUAAGUUCAAAAGAACGACUUCAAGCGUUUGGAGCAGGGGAUUCGACAGAGAUUGGCAAAAGGAAGAAAGAAAAGUUAAAGAAGGUGAAGAAGGAGAAAAGCUAUUACUAA